AUUUAACUAUGAGUUUCAGAGUGCCACCUGUCGUCACUUCCAAGAAUUACAAAUGUAAACAUGAACAGAUUUCAGUGGGGUGAAACAACAGCUGAUCUUGGAGAAAUUCAUGUUACAAGCCAGACUGGGGUUGCUUUAUAUGAUGGAGAAGAUAAGACCAAUUUUGUUGGUGGUGUUUUGAGUCUUACAAGUCAUAGGUUGCUAUGGAGAGAUAGCCAUGCCAAGACAUCGGCUUUAUGUAUACCAUUAUCACUUGUUGUAUAUCUAGAGGAACAACCAUCAGGAUUUGCAAAGAGUGCAAAGAUUAUUGUACAUCUACAAGAGCCUGUGCCAGGCCAUCCAGCGGGACCUAUAUCUUACAGUAAACACAGCUAUAUCAGACUGUCCUUCAGGGAAAGUGGCGCUCCAGAGUUUUUCAGAUAUUUUAACCAGAUGUUACAAGAGAAGAAAUGGGAAGAAAAAGUACUUCCGCCAUCAAGACCUGGAGCUCAGGGAGGCCGUCAUCGCCCAGGGAUUGUUGGAAUAGAAAGAUCUAUACAACAGAAACAGAAGCAAACAGAUUCUUCAAUCAACCAGUCAUUUCAAGAUCUCAAGAAACUCAUGGGGAAGGCACAAGAAAUGGUGACACUGUCAAAAUCUAUAGUGUCCAAGAUCAAGGACAGGCAAGGUGAAAUCACAGAGGACGAGACUGUAAAGUUUAAAGCCUAUUUGCUGAGCAUGGGUAUACCAAAUCCUGUGACAAGGGAAACCCAUGGUACUGGGGACAAAUAUUACCAUGAAUUAGCUAGAGAACUUGCCAAAGUGCUAGAUAAACCUAUUAAAGAGUGUGGUGGGAUGAUGACAUUAACUGAUGUAUAUUGUAGGGUUAACAGAGCAAGAGGGAUGGAGUUGCUGUCACCGGAAGAUUUACUCAAUGCUUGUGAGAUGUUUGAAUAUCUGAGAUUGCCAAUUAGGUUUCGGACAUUUGAUAGUGGUGUGAAGGUAUUACAGUCAUCUACACAUAGUGAAGAAGAGGUUAUAAAGAAAACAACAAGUGCUGUGGAAGAAAAAGGAUCUUUGACGGCAGAGGAACUAGCCCAGCUUAUUGGUCUGUCUGUGAUAUUGUCUAAGGAAAGAUUACUACUAACAGAGAGGGUAGGAGGCGUAUGUAGAGAUGAUUCUGAAGAAGGACUUAGAUUUUACCCUAAUUUAUUUCUUACAAAAACCUGAAAGGACAAGUGUACUGUAGAACAGACAUUUUUUGUGUCACAUUAACUUUACGAUUGGAUAGCAGCUUUACAUCGUUGCUAAGAAUUUUUUGGUUUGGUGUAUUGUUGAAGAUAGUGACGAUUAAUUUGCAAAUCAGUGUUAAAUUUUGCUUUAUUCACAAGUACACUGCAAAGGUGAUUUCUUACUGGACUUAUAUACAGGAAAGUACUUCCAGAAUAAGUAAUAGACCAUGUAACAGUGUUAAAGUUUGUUAGAAAUUAGUGGUUGAAUAUUUCAGAAGAGUUUUAGUGGCGUCACUUGAAUGGGAAAGGUGUAUGCAGAAAAUUAAUGAUUGCAUGUUUGUAAUAAAUCAGAUUCAAACCUGGAUAUCGUGCAAUAGUUUUUGUAUACUUUUGUACAUACAUACAUUAAAUAAAAUAAACACUAAAUGCA